AUGAGAGGGUCAAGAGGUAGGGAUGGAGGAAAAAAGGUGCUUGUGACAUCUGAUGAUGAUGAAGCUGUGGACACAACAUCUCAAGGAUUCUUUCAUGAUGAAGUUGAUGAAUUUGUUUCCAAUAAGGAAAAGAUCCUUCUUGAUGGGGCUUCAGAUAUCGAUGAAGGGCACAAGACCUGGGAAGAUGACGAUGAAGCACUCUAUGAGUUGGAUCUACCCACAUCAUCAUCAGAAGGAGAAGAAGAGGCAUUAACAGAUGAAGGCGGGGAUGAGUCAGACGAUGAAGAGGGACAUGGAGGAGACAAAGGAAAAGACGACAAUGAUGAAGACUUGGAAAGUGUUUCAGAUAGUGAAGAAGAUGAUGAUGAUGAAGAAGCAGGUCUCCCAAGUCGUUUAGCAUGGGGGAAGCAAGUUCGAGCAUACCGUGGAACUGACUUUGUUGACAAGGAUACCAAAGGAGCAUUUAAAGGAGAGGAGGAAGAGCUUGCAGCCCUUGAGGAGCAGGAAGCAAUAGCCCUACGCAAGAAACAUGCUGCUACCCUCUUGCUUGAUGACUUUGACAUCCUUUCAAAGAGAAAGCAGGAGAAAGAGAAAGAGAAGGAUGAAAAGGAAGUGGAGCAUGUGAGGAAGGACUUGUCUCAGAUGACAGAAGGUGAAAGGUUGCAGUUGUUGAGGGCCCAGGCUCCAGAUCUUCUCUCGCAUCUCUCCACAUUUAAAGAAUAUCUGCUGAUGCUACAGCAUCUCUUGGAGAAAGAGGGCCAUCAGGGGUUGACUCCUAAGGAGGACCUGGAGAAGACCAUCUUGUACAGGAGAAGAAAGAAGAGGCAGAAGGUAGAGUUUUCUGAUACUCUGGAGAUGGAAGAAGUUGAAGAACCUUUGCGAAAGGAAGCCAGAACCACUGGGGAGGUGGACAUGGGAGAUGAGAAGCGAGCCAUAACCUAUGAGAUUGCCAAAAACAAAGGACUCACUCCACAUAAGAAGAAGGAGCUGCGAAACCCACGCGUGAAGCAUCGUAUGAAAUUCCGUAGGGCCAAGAUCCGCCGCCGAGGACAGGUUCGGGAACCAAGGCUGGAACUCCAACGCUAUGGAGGUGAGAUCUCUGGCAUUCGGGCGGGAGUCGUCAAGAGCGUCAAAAUCAAGUGACCUUCGUGCCUGCCACAUUGCAAAUAAAUGAGAUUUUGCUGAAA